GUUUAACUGUCAACGUCAAGGCAAAAAAACCUAAAAAAACACUGUGUUUUCUGAUUUUUCUGCUGCUGUUUUGUCCUGUAAAAAAACCUUAAAAAGUGAUAAAUGCGUACAAAUAGGUACAAAAUUAAAACAAAUUAUAAAAUCAUUAAAAAGUAAUUAGUUUUUAGGCUUCAGCCUCAUAAUGAACAUUACUAUAAAACAACUACAGGGAGGCGAAUGUUCUGUAGAGGUAACUCCCACAACAAAAAUACUGGAUAUCAAACAGCACAUCGCAACAAAACUAAGGAUUCCAAUAGAAGAACAGAAAUUACUACUUUUAGGUCGAGCCUUGAUUGACAAUCAAACUGUUGAAUCUUACCCCUCAAUAAAAAAUGGUACGAAAUUGAAUUUGGUUGUCAAGAAGCCGGAUGGGUUACUAGAGGUUGCAACGAAGUGCUUUAAAAAGAAUGGUAUGUCAGAAGCAGAGGCACGGGCAAGAGCAAGUCUUUUAAUAAAAGUAGUGGAAGAAAAGUUUAGCAAGUUAUCCUGGGACGAUAUAGAGAGGCUAUCUUUAGACUGCAUGCUCGACGAAUGUGCACAGAUGCAGCCAGUACAAGAGCAGGACAAUGACACUGAAUGUGAAGAUGUGUUUGGAUUGUGACCAAACAUCAAUCACUUUUGGGAAUUGUUAGAUCGUUUAUUGUAAUAAUUAAUAAUAAUUAUAUUGUGGUAAAAAAUAAAUCAGUAUGACAUCCAAGUUUUCAAUUAAAAUCUUCUUAACAGUU